CAUGCAUGCGCUAGAGAGAAAGAUACUGAAAGAUUAUUGUUGCCUACAACUGCGGGCUGCUUCAUCUAUCUGUCAUAGGAAAACCAUACUAAUUAACCCAUCCUGCUAUUUCGCUGCAAUUGCUUUCUGUCUCUAUCAAAAACUCAAUAGGCGCUUGUGUUUAUCACAUUCAUACUGGUUACCCUAGUAUUUACGGGUGCGGGCUGUAACCGCUUUGGCCAGUAGCCAUCCAAAUAUCGCAGGCCCAGGGGCUGGAGUAAGCCGCUAUAAGGCUUUGGCUUGGCACCUCCGCUUACGGACGACAUCCUUGCAGCCUUGCACGCUUUUGGGCUGGCAGCUGCUAAUAUACCAGGGAUAUAAUAUAAAUACGAUAGCUUUUCAUAUAGGCGACGCGCCUUCAAAUCGCCGUGUACUGCCCUGCGACUAGCUUCCCACCAGCAUCGAUGGCGCUGCCUGAACAAACCGCUGCGUAACAGUCUCGCAGGGCCAGGCGGCGAUUUUGCGCCGUUUUGGCCGCUGUGAAGCAAAUGGCUGGUUCUUACCAUAGCUCGUUAGUUCGGCAACCAUGGCGACGGCGGGGCGAGCUGUGUCACAUCAGCAUGCGCUGCCAACCUACACUGGUCGCCCUCCUGCUGUCGCUAUUUGCAUCGCUAGCAGCAUCGAUGCCGCCGUCCUACUACUGCAACACCUACAAGCCCGGAGGGGUUUGCCCCAUAUGCGCAACUGGUGCGGCCUGCUCGGCGGUUACCACGGCUGACAACUACUACCGAAACGCAGCCAUCUGCUCCUUACCAGACAUCGCCGCGUUCCGCAAUGUCACCGGAGCGACGCUGUUCCCCGUAACCGGCAUUUGCAGCGGCAAUGGCGGCGUUGCAUCGUACGACAUUCGCGGUCAAGCGGGUUCCGCCGCCACCAAUACGUCAGCCGGUACGGCAUACAUGUUUGUCAGUUACUCUGGGCGGUUGUACAUUACGUUGGUCUUCAACUGCAACUACAUGUUCACGACCAGCCCGGACCAACCGAGGGUGGUUAGCGUGGCGCUGUUUAAUUCGGCCAACAGUCUGUCGUCACCGCAGUACGUAGAUGUGCUGUACUCCACGGGGUUUUACUCGUGUUACACGCUUUCCGUGGAUUUGCGGAACGUCUGUGAUCCCCGGGAAGGGGCGACCUUCAACCCCAGCCCGAACGCCGGCAGCUCCUGCUUGUGCAGCUCAGGUACGGCACAGCCGGGCUGUACGGGCAACCCAGUGAACCUCUUCACGCCCGGCAUGCCGUUGUACGUCGACGUUAAAGUACGACUCGGUGAUUACGUUACAACGUACGACGACACGUGUGUCGCGAAUGCGGCGUACAAUUACACAUUGGGGACGACGAGCAGUCCUGGGCCCUCAUUGUCGCCCAUCUUUGUCCCCAACUGUAUCGCCCCGCCGUCGCCACCGCCGUCACCGCCAAGCCCUCCGCCACCGUCGCCGCCGCUUCCGCCGCGGCCGCCGCCACUACCACCCAGCCCGCCGCGGCCGCCGCCGCCAUCGCCGCCGUCACCUCCUCAGCCUCCGCGGCCGCCAGCCGUUGGGGUGUACGUUGUCAUCGUAACGCCCAAGUCGUUGGAUCCAACCACCACGUGUACGAACAUCAUGCAGACGUUGUACGGCUGGAUGUUUGUGAUCCCGGGUCCGUACAGCUACCCGGAUUGCGCUGUCGGAACAUCCAACGGCGGUUCCACCAUCUUCAUAACGUACUCGCUACAGCCCUCGCCGGCAGUUACCUUCAUCAACGCCAUCUUUCCACAAAUGCCGACGUCGCCAUCCGUACAACUGAAGUACCUGAUUGACGGGCUGUUGCAACUGCCAUGCAACUCAACCGUCACAGUUCAGGGCAACGGCAUCAAACGACAGGUUCCCGACACCUCAGCAGCUCCCAACCAGGAUCCGGGCUGGCCGGAAUUGUACUGCGCGCCGCAGCCUCCCCCGCCGCCGACCCCGCCCAGUCCGCCAAACCCCAGACCGCCGCCAUCACCGCCGCCACGGCCUCCGCCGCCGCCGCCGCCGUCGCCAGCACCGCCCAGCCCACCGCCUCCGCCGCCGCCCAGUCCCCCUCCGCCGCCGCCGGUGCCGCCGCCGCCGCCCGGCGUUUACUUUAGGUGGCAGCUCUUCUACCCCGCUGCCAUCGGCCGGACUAGCGAUUGCUCAGCUGUUAACUUUAUCAUCCGGUUUAGUUACAAGAUUGCGGGUUUGGUGCCAGCCUUGUCGGAGCCGAAUUGCACUUUGUCGUCUUCGACGAAGCUGGAAGCGGCGCUCAUGUUUUACAGCCAGGAUCGAGGCGCCAAGUCCCUGGUUGGCGUGUUCAAUGAGGCUGGAGUCGGCGAGUUUGUCACACAGUACAGCAUUCCGUGCAAUUCCGUCAUUUGGCUGUCGUACGAUGACGGUACGGGAGGUACGGCAGGUUUUAAGACCUUCACGUACGGCAACGUACCGCAGCUGGUAUGCCGUAGUCCACCCAUGCCGCCGACCCCGCCGAGCCCUCCGCCGGCUCCCUCGCCGCCGCCGCCGCUGCGGCCGCCGACGCCGCCGUCACCUCCGGCCCCACCGUCACCGCGGACGCCGUUCCCUCCCGACGGCCCAAACCUGCCGUACUAUCCCGACGCACCUGUUGUUAAGAGGCCGCCGCCAGCACCGCCAACGCCGACGCCACCCCCAACGCCUCCGCCGCCUGUUUUCAGCCCACCGCCGAUGACGCCGUCACCUCCGCCGCCGUCGCCGUCGCCGUCAACCCAAAGCCCUCCCCCGCCACUAGAAGCCAAUAAACAGCCGCCUCCGUCGCCAGCGUCUGGCACCCUCCCGCUGCCGCCGUCGCCGAGUCCUGUACGGAGGCCGCCAAGCCCACUGCCGCCUGCCGUACCUGUGGCAGCGCCACCAAACGAAGUACCUGAUGCGCCGCCGCCGAAAAAGAAGAAGCCUCCGCCUCCGCCGGUUCCCUUGCCGCCGUCACCGAGGCCACCGCCAAGGAAGAAGUCGCCGCCGCCGCCGCCAAUAGCAUCACCGCCGCCGCCGUCGCUCUCGCCGCCACCUCCUUCGCCUCGGUCGCCGCCGCCGCCGCCACCUUCGCCUCGGCCGCCACCUCCUCGGCCGCCGCCGCCGCCGUCGCCCCCUCCUGCGCCGCCACCGCCGCGCCCAAGGCCGCCGCCUCCGUCUCCUCCUCCCUCACCACCUCCUCCGAAGUCGCAACCACCGCCGCCGCCGGCGCCGUCGACGCCGCUGCCUCCGCCGCCUCCCAGCAACAGCACCGUCAACAACCGCACCGUUGCAAUGAGCGUCGAUUCGUUGCUCACAAAGGCUCUAACCAACGCGCAUUGUACGGCCCUAACCGUCAUCACAUCUCAAUCCGUACCGCCUGGCGUCACCAUCACCUCUGGCCCGACCUGCCAACUUAACGACCCUGCAACGACCGGUGCAAAGGUGGUUAUCGUACUUGAAACAUCGGCCCAGGCGCUUACCUUCUAUAACGCCUACGCCACGUCAACACGCGCGGACACAAUUGUCCGUGUCCUUAACCUCCCAUGCAACCGCUCUUCGGUUAUCUUUGCGGCUCCGGGCCUGUCGGAAGCCCGUGUGUUUGACCAACGUAACGUCCCCGCGCUAGUGUGCGCUUCAACGGCCUCUCCGCCGCCGGUCGCUCGACGGUCGUUGACAGUUGGCUCGGCAGGCCCGGCUUCGCUCGGCAUUGCGAAUGCGGCGGCUGAGGAUGCUGUAGCGCUCGUGCCAAUUGAUAGUAGCAGCAGCACUGGCGGCAAUGCAGGCAGUAGUGGCAGUGCGGAUGGAGACGGGACGCUGCAGGUGGCGACCACCGGUCAACGUUUAUUAGUCAUGAACGUUGACUCUGAAUUCGCGAAGCCCCUCACAAGCCGGCAUUGCGAGAAGCUGGAAGCACUUGCCGUACAGUCCCUACCGGCGGGCGUUACACCGGCAUUCGGCCCCAACUGUCAGCUCAACGACCCGCCAACCACCGGCGCCAAGGUCGUUGUCGUACUGUCGGAAUCCGCCCCUGUAGCAACUCUGUACGACAGCUAUGCAACUGCCGUACAUGCAACCACCAUUGCAAGGGCACUGAGCCUCCCUUGUGGUCGUUCCUCCAUCAUAUUCUCGUCGCCUGGGGUUUCGGAGCCUUCUCAGUUCAGUCAUCGCAAUGUGGCUGCGAUGUCUUGCAAGAAGCGGGGAUGCAUGAGGGGUGUAGCUGCUGCGGAGUCAACUGCAGUUGUUGUGGCGGGAUCUGGGAUGGGGGAAGCGGGUGUGGAGGAUGGUGACGAGGCAGUCGCAGUAGCAUCAGGGGGGCUGCCGUUGCUGCUAAUGCCGAUUGUGGCACCUGCGGGUGGGGAAGGGGAACGAGGGAGAGGAGCAGCAUGAGGGAAGGGGAGGAGCAGGAGGCUUUAAGCAGGAGGGGUGGUUGUGAUGCUACCUGUGUGCUAGCUUGUUUGGAACAUGCAGUUAGUGGUGCUUGAAGCUGUGAGGCUGACAGCCCGACGUAAAAGCGGCAAUUUAGAUGGCACAAGACAUCAGCAUGCACCGUAGCCGUUUGCUGGAGCAGUGUUGUUUGUUGGGAAGCCAGUUGCAUUGGGUCACUUGAAGUGUCGAGUUUGAAUGGGUUGCAUCGACAAGGUGGGCACGGGGGUUAUUGAGGAUGUCAUCGUCAUGGUUCUCGAAAGCCCGUUACUGAGGAAGCGCGGUUACGAGAAAGCAUGUGCGUGCGAUCUUACUCUGUUGCAACGGUCUAUUACCAGGUGUUCUCCAUGCCUACGUGACCCAUGGGUCGCCCGAACGAACUGACGUCCGAAGUUAAUGUACGAGCGGAGUACGACGAAUGAGCGCAGAUUGCUGGUAUACGAGGCUCUGUGAUGGGACUGUUUGGGUAUGCCGUGUUGCAAGGAGAUGCCGAAGGUGCCGUCUGAUCCUUGUUGAAGGUGCCGUCUGUUGAAGGUGCUGUUAAUGUGAGAACCGUGUGGGACACUACUGGUUUCCCCGUGUGUGCUUUGCUUGCUCUUCCAGCCCUACCUAGGAGUGUAGAUUGCGUUGCAAAGCCUGCCUAGACUGCAGCUGUGAAGCUGUUGUGUAUGAUGCCGUGCGGGCUCUGACAAAUACAUGCGGCGAUGUUGCUCGGGCGAGUUGUGCAGAGCACGUUGGAUACGCAUGGGAGGUAUUUGACGAUGUGGGUUAUGACGUUUGACCGGAUUAUGACGUUUGACAUUUCAAUACGCCCAGAGCCGUGGGGGGGAAAUUAUAAAUAAGUGCAACAACACAGUCCCAAUCCCGAAUCCCGACUCAUGCAGUGAGCGCAGUGAGCCGUGGGGGGGGGGCGCUUCAAUAACGCUUCUAUGUCACAAUUCCUCUCUUUCGCCUUUACUGAGAUGCUUUGCGUCAUUAGUUUGCUUGCCUUGUCUUGGUCUGUUGUCUAAUUGUCGUUAAUUUAUAGAAAGGCACGAGAUGCGUCCAUGAGACGAAUGUCCAUUGGACGUUUCUUGACUUGCAACGCAAUGCCUUAGCGGGGCUAAUGUUCUGGUAUGCUGCCCCACAUGCUCCUGUCGUACAUUAUCCUUCCGUAAUGGAAAGCUUGAUUUGUGCCUGCACUCGGCUGAUGUCCAGUAUGGUGAAUAGAUGGACUACACAUUUGUUUAGGCCUUCUUUAUCCCUCGCAGUUGGGGAGACGGAACAUAGGGGGUGUCGUGUAAAGCCCUUACAAGCAGCUAUACGGCCCGCAUCAAACCCCCAUGCACGCGCGCGUGUACCCUGCAUGCGCGACCCUGCGCACAUGUACUAAUCAUAG